AUGGUGCAUACCCCUCGAGCCAAGCCUGUGCUUGAGAUCAUUCCAAACAACCGCUUCAUCGUCUUCCACGGAGACCAGCAUGAAGCCCAGACUAUCAAGCUGAACGGUGUGGUCAGAUUGACUACUCCGGAUGCCAUGAGCAUCAAGAACGUCAAAAUCUGGCUUGAGGGCAAGCGACGAAUCUCAUGGUUCUACAUGGGCGGCAUGGCGGCAGGUGAAGUGUCGGACAAAAAGACCUUUUGGCGCGAGGAACGUGCUCUGGGCACAUCUGGCACGCACAAGAUCAACUCGGGGACGAUAGAGUGGCCCUUUGAAUACACUCUCGACCCUAGCAUGCCCGAGAGCAUCGAAGGCAUGAACAGCACCUACAUCGUCUACUACUUGCACGCAAGUGUCUCGAGGCCCGGUUGGAACGCAAAGGACAUCACCACCACUCAGCACAUCCGCAUUGUGAGAACCCUGGGUCCCGAACAGAUGGAAACAACUCGCUCAAGGACCAACGCCGACAUUUGGGCAAACAAGCUCAGCUACAGCAUUUCCAUCCCCACCGACGCCGUCGUCUUCGGUACAUCUAUCGUUGCAGACGUCGAACUGUCACCUAUUCGAAAGGGUGUCAAGCUCGGCAAGAUUGAAAUGAGGCUGAUAGAGGCCGUCACCAAGAGAAUACAAUCUGCCGAGGUACCAGACCAGCGUGGUGACAGAUGCAAGGUCGAUGAGUCGGACGUUGCAAAAGCUGAAAUGGAGUUCCCUGAGAACUCGCGUGUCACUUUUGCUGACGAGAGCGCCGACAAUCCCAUCAUGGAAGAUGAGAAAUACGUCUUCAAGGCAACUCUGGAGCUGCCCAAGUCUCUCAAGCAAUGCAGGCAAGACGUCGAUUCGCACAACAUCAACAUCACCCAUCGUUUCAAGCUGAUGGUCAACAUUCACAAUCCCGAAGGCCACGUCUCUCAGCUUGUUUGCCGUCUUCCUGUCAAGCUAUUCAUCUCCCCUAACCUGCCAGUCGACGACUCGAAUGAGGUCCAAGUUGCCGCAAGAACCAUGACCGAUGCCGAAUUGAAUCAACAAGAAGUCGCGUUGAACGCCCCGCCCGAGUACGGAAGACACCAACUGGACGCUCUAUACAACGACAUCAACACCGGCGGAUACAUGAGUCGCGCUCCCAGUGGAUCAGCCACACCAUUCUAUGCUCAGAGCCGCAACGGAUCCUCAGAAAACGUACAAUCUCUGAGCGGUAUCGCUGAU